AUGAAGGUUGCUAAUAGUUUAUUAUUUGCAAUUGUUUUAAUUUGCAUUGUUUCAAAUUCAUUAGUACAAUCUUUUUCAUUUAAAGUUUCAGCCAAGGUUGAAGAAUGUAUCUAUGAACAAAUCGAUGUCGAUUUAUCAUUCACUGUCAUGUUUCAAGUAAUUCAUGGUGGUUUCAAUGAUAUUGACUUUACAAUUAUUUCACCAGAUAAGAGAAUCGUUUAUCAAGGUCAUCGUGAAACUGAAGGUACCAAAACUCUUCGUUCAAGUUUUGCUGGUAUCUAUAGUUUCUGUUUCAGCAAUAAAAUGUCUUCAUUAACUGAUAAAACUGUUAGUUUUAUGUUAUCAGUUGGUGAAAACUCUCCAAUCAGAGAAUUAGCCAAAAAGAAUGAUCUCACCCCAAUUGAAAGAUCAAUCAUGACAUUAUCUGAUGGUGUUACUGGUGUAAGAAAUGAACAAAAUUAUUUUAGAAUGAGAGAAGCUGCUCAUAGAAAUACUGCUGAAAGUACCAAUAGUCGUGUAUUAUGGUGGUCAAUUUUUGAAGCUUGCGUUCUUGUUUCAUUAAGCAUUUGGCAAAUUUAUUACCUUCGUAGAUUCUUUGAAGUUAAACGUGCAGUUUAA